ACACGAAGUGGCCACCGUGAUGACAGGUGGCAGAAGGUUAUGGUUUGUUUACUUGUUACAACUCAAUGAUGCGUUUGGGAUUCCCCGCGGUCCGGCGCGGUUUGGAUUUAUUCAUGAUUUCGUGGAGCGUGUUAGCUGUUUCUUUUUAAGAUGAAGGGUACCCUCACCCGCAAUGAGACCUGGAGCUUACUGGCACUGGUUGUCGCCUGUCUGGGGGUCAUAACCAAUACAUUCCAGGGUGACGGUGAACCCUUGAUCGCGUCUCUUGCUCUCAGCGGCAUAGCUUUCGCAGCCACUUUUAGUCUAAUACGAUGGCUGGGGGAAGUUUUUGUCAAAGCAGGAUUGAAAGGGAGGGACAUGGCGAAGUUGCGACACAGUGAGAUACCGGAAGCGAUGGGAGCUGUUUGCGCGGUUGUUUAUAUACUACUACUGAUAGUUUUCAUACCAUUCCCAUUUUACAAAGAUAUUGUAGCUGCGACUUCAGGGGGUGGGAAUCGAGAUGUAGUGUUAGAGGCGCAACAUGUCGAAACGGGACGUUUUCUUCAUCGAUUCCCUCAUAGUAAGCUUGCGUCCUACCUCUCUGGCCUUUUAUCGCUCCAGGCAAUCCUGAUUCUCGGUAUCGGGGACGACAUGCUUGAUAUCCGAUGGAGACACAAAGUGCUUAUCCCUGCGCUCGCUUCAAUUCCAAUGCUUAUAGUAUACUUCGUUGAUUUUGGAGUCACGCUCGUGGUUGUUCCGGUUCCAUUGCGGCCAUAUCUCGGCCCAUUCAUAGACCUGGGUUGGUUAUAUUAUGUGUAUAUGGCCGCUGUUGCCAUAUUCUGCCCUAACAGCAUCAACAUGCUUGCUGGGAUCAACGGGAUUGAGGUAUCUCAGUCUCUAGUCAUUGCGAUCUUGCUACUUAUAAAUGACGCAUUGUACCUUACACCCUUCACGCCUUAUCCUCAUCCAGCCAUGGACUCCCACCUUUUCUCGAUAUAUCUUCUAUUGCCAUUUAUCGCGGUCUCCUUUGCGCUCUGGCUGCAUAAUUGGUAUCCGGCCAAAGUCUUCGUAGGCGAUUCCUACUGCUAUUUUGCCGGAAUGGUAUUCGCGGUUGUGGCCAUUCUUGGCCAUUUCAGCAAGACGCUUUUGCUGCUGUUCGUCCCGCAAAUAUUUAAUUUCCUCUACUCUACUCCUCAAUUGUUCCAUCUUAUUCCUUGCCCGAGACACCGACUGCCACGUUUCAACGCGCGCACGGGAUUACUUGAGCCUUCAGUAACGGAAUGGCCGCGUCCCCCCAUGUUUGUCGUUUCAACCGCUCUCGAGCUACUCCACCAGCUCCGACUCGUGCGAAUACGGAAGAACGAGGCCAGAGAAAUCAUCGAGUCUACCAAUCUGACGAUUUUAAAUCUGUGGCUGGUAUGGUUCGGCCCGUUGAGAGAAGACAAGCUUGCCACACAUAUUGUAAUGGUCCAGGUUGUCUGCGGAGUUGCCGGCUUGCUGGUCAGGCACAAGCUUGCGCUAUGGGUAUUUUCGGAAGACAAUCGGUGAUUUGUAUUAACUGGAAGGGAUUGCAUGUACAUAUAUGAUAGAGUAGUUUUAGACAGUCGAAUAAUUAUUGUUAUAUCCUGGUAGUUCGUCUUAUUUAUUGACUCCUCCUGUUGGUGUAGCCGUCAUCGCUGCGGCUCCGCGUUCCGAUAAGGGACCGAAGGUCUUGGCAUUUC